UCGAUUGUUACUGCGUCGGCGUAGUUAUACAUGUCUCGUUUUUGUGAAAACGCUUUCUUGUGCUAGGUAUUGAAUCAUUUAUCGACAACUUUCUGGUAAUAGUUUUUCAUAUAAUCUACAUAGUAUUAAAGACGAGACGUGCCAAGUUAAACGUCUGUUCGAAACGUAGUAGAAUUCAAUCUUAGUGUUCAGAUUUCAUUACAGCAUGUCCGCCAUCAAUCUUCUCAGAGAAGUGCUUAAGGCAUCCGAAAAGGCUGCUAACAUAGCUCGUGUCUGCCGCCAAAAUCCAAUCCUAUUUAGCUUGUUGGUACAAGAAAAAAGUAAAGAUGAAUCGAAUACCCGAUUUGCUCAUGAUUUCAAAACACUGGCCGAUUGUCUGAUACAGGAGAUGAUAAAACAUGACAUUGGAAAACAGUUUCCGGAAUUACGUGACAACAUCCGAGGAGAAGAGAAUGCAAAAUUUACCAAUACAGCGGGCGAAUCUAUCAUAGUAUCAGUGACGGACGAUCCAGGAAACACUACUAAGGCCCUAGAAAAGAUUCUUCAUGGCGACAAAGUAUCCGCAGCUGCCCUUGUCGAUGAAGUUUAUCGGGAAGUUGAAAUUGACAUUGAAAGUUUGGAAUUGCCUACUGAUUCAAUACCGUUAGACAAUGAUUGGUCACAAUUGGGUAUUUGGAUCGAUCCAAUCGAUGGUACUGCCGAAUACAUCAAAGGCGAAGAAAAAUUAACCAAAUAUUCGAAUAUUGUGUCAUCCGGUCUAAAAUGCUGCACAGUACUGAUAGGUGUUUAUGAAACAUGCAAGGGCACCCCUAUUCUUGGCGUAAUCAAUCAACCAUUUGCGGAAAAAAUCAGUAAUCAAGAAGAGUUCCGUGAGGAGUACAGAAGUAAAAUUUUCUGGGGCCUAUCGGUGGGUGAUUUGAAGUUUAACAACAUAGCUUCUCAGGGAACUGAUGCACGUAUUGCUAUACUAUCUCCGUCCGAACAAUCAAAGUAUGUUGAAUUCAUUCGGAAUCAGCUAAAAUAUGACGUAAUAUAUUCUUCGGGCGCGGGUUACAAAAUACUAAAGAUAGCUACUGGAGAAGCAGAACUUUUUCUUCUCAGCAAGGGAACUACGUACAAGUGGGACACUUGUGCACCUCAAGCCAUUCUCCGUUCAAUGAAUGGUGAUUUAUUCGACCUGCAGGAUACAUUGAUUAAUAAGUCGGUUAAGAAAAUUUCAUACCAUGAUCAUAAAGUAACCCGUAAUAUAGGUGGACUUAUUGCUUACCAGAACAUCGAUAAAUUGCGAGAAUUUCUGAAAUUGUAAGCUUAUUAAAUCUUAGGCGUACAUAUGCCAACUUAUACGCUUUCCGGUAUCAAUUAUAUAUUAUAUGAUACAUAUUUGGAGAGUUGUUGUAGUUCCAAGUGGGCCGGUCCCGUAGUUCAGUCGUCCACCGUACGACGUAAAUAAUGCCCGUCAUGGGAUAAAAAUUCGAAUGGAUCUAGCUGAGUGUAAACUAAUCAAGUAAAAUUUAGUAACCCCAUUCAUUACUGGCUAAAGCUGGCCUAGAGACAGAAUAUGUAGCAGCUCGAAGGAUGUUACGCCGAACAAGAAGAAAAAUAGUUUCGGGUAGCUGUUAAUAUUUGUUGAAAUAUAGAUACCUAAAUGUUUAGAAAACUUUGGUAGUAGUUGAUGUUUGACUUAGAAAAUAUAACUAUGCAUUUGUUUUCAUUCCAUGAAUCAAGGUAUAAAGUGAGAAUAUUUAAUCGAAAGUUGUAAAGAAUACAUUUA